AUGCACGAAUCUAAUGAUCAACGGGACUGUGUGGAUGUUAAUGAAUGUCUCAGUAAUCCCUGCAACAAUGUCACACACUUUUGCGUAAACAGGCCUGGCUCGUACGAAUGUAUUGCUUGCAAUUCCGCCUGUCGCGGGUGUACUGGUGCAACUGCAAAUGACUGUGUAUCCUGUGCAAAUGGUUACCAGAGAGGGAAUAGUGAAGCAUGUGAAGAUAUCAACGAAUGCAAUGCCGAUAGUAACAUUUGUAAUAAAGAGGGGGAAGUCUGCAAGAACUUGAUUGGUGGUUAUAAAUGUGACUGCAGAAACGGAUACCAACGAAUUAAUAAUGAUUGUGUACUGAUUACAAAGCAGGAAACAACUUCGGAAACUCUGGAAAAUAUGCAAGAUGUACAAAUUAAUGAUGGUUACGACACUUUGAAAGAGGAGCCGAAUCCUAGUCAUAUUCUGGGAGAAUUGUGA